AUGACAAGAAAAGCUGUUUCGCCUUGUGACAUGUCUCAGCUCAAUGAAUUUCCGGCCUAUCAAUUCCGAUUGAUUCGUUUCUGUGGUGUCGUGGAACAACCAUCCUUAAGAAACAAUGUGCGAUGUUUGUUUGCAUUUAUUCUCCUUUGCUCCUUUGGACCACUUCAUGUAUGGUAUCUCGCUAAAACUCCUGUGUUGGAUCUGGUGGUAACGUGUGAAGAGAUCAUGCUCAUUCAACUGUGCUUUGUUAUGCUACUCAAGUUUAAUUUGUUCAUAACCUAUCGGUCUGGAAUGUAUAAUUUGGUAGAAGCGUUCAAACGCAUUCUGAAGUGUAUCGACAAAGCUGAGUUUGCACGGUUUGUGAAAUGCAGCGAGCUGCAUGCAAAAUUGCUGAGGGCUUACGUGAUCGGUACAUCUAUAGUGCUGUUAUUGUACGAGCUGAACGCAAUAGUUGCUAGCAUUACGCUAUCCCUGCAACAGAACAAGGUUUGUUUUGUGACACCAUUCAGCUUCCCAUUUGACUAUCAACAUCCGUUCGUGUUUGCUCUUACUUUUUUACACAACUUUGAUGCAAUGCUGGUAACCGUGUGCACGAGCGUUACGGUUGACUCGUGUUUCUCCGAGAUGGCCAGUAAUCUUACUAUACAUUUCGAUAUCGUGCGAGAACGGUUUGAAAAACUCGAUCUUUCCGCUGCUCAACCGUAUGCCGAACACCAGUUAAGAAAUGUAAUCACCUAUCACCGCGAAGUGUUGUCGUUGGCGCAAAAGAUGGUACAACUUUACCAACAGUCGGCGUUUUAUUUGCUGCUGUUAGUAUCUACAAUACUGUGUCUGUUGGGCUAUGAGUUUGUAAUGGUAAGCAACAUUUACAAGCGAAUGCAAGUUGCAAUAUUGGCUUCUAUUAUGAUUGGGCAAGCUGCUAUUUAUACCUACCACGGGUCAGCUAUCAGCGCCAAAAGUGUAUCCGUUGCUGAUGCAAUUUAUGGAACCAACUGGUAUGAUGCUCCUCUAGCCGUUAAAAAGCUGGUAUAUAUCUGCUUGACGCGAGCUCAAAAGCCUGUCAUUAUGAAGAGUGGCUUCAUAGAAGCAUCCUUGCCGACACUGAAAAAGAUUCUUAGUUCCAGUGCAUCGUACAUAACUAUGCUUAUGUCGCUUGAGGCUGACUUGAACGAGAAAAAAACUUGAAACACAAGUCAUAUGAAAUUUUUUAUAUAAGUCAUAUGAAAUUUUUUAUAUUGUACGCACGUGAAAUGUACGCUUCUUACGCAGUUGUGUCGUAAUUUACACUGAGCACUUAUUCAGCAUGUAGCUUAUAGAUUUGAUAAAGGAGGAGCUUUUAAAGCUGAUGGAC